UUCCUCCGUAAAUCCCAUUUCUUAUUCCUCCGACAGCUACGCAUCACUCCUCUCUCCAUCUUUAUCUCCAUCUCUCCAUCUCUCUCUCUCUCUCUCUUUCUCUCUCUAUUGGCGAAACCCAUUCCGAAGCGCAACGCAGAAGAAUCCAUGGAGUUCGUCUCUCUCACCUUCUUCUCCUUCUUCUCCUUCCUCCUCCUCCUCCUCCAACCCCGCCUCCUCCUCUCCCAGCAAGCCUACGUCGACAACAAGCAGCUCGACUGCGAAAACCCCUCCAACAACAACAACAUCACCCGGGGCUUCUCCUGCACCGGCCCCCUCACCUCCUGCCGCGCCUACGUCACCUUCCGCCCCACCGCCGUCUAUAAUUCUCUCGUCACCGUCGCCUACCUCCUCAACUCCCAGCCUUACAUCUCCGAGAUGACCUCCAUCAACAACCUCACCAACCUCGAGCACCCCCCUCCCGACACCCUCGUCAUCGCCCCCGUCGACUGCGCUUGCACCUCCUCCUCUUCCUAUUACCAGCACAACGCCUCGUACGUGCUCCAAUCGGUGUCCGACACGUACUUCCUCCUCGCCAACGACACCUACCAGGGGCUCAGCACCUGCCAGGCUCUCUUGGCGGAGAAUCCGUACUCCGCUGUGAACCUGUCCGUGGGGAUGAAUCUGACCGUCCCGGUGCGGUGCGCCUGCCCGACGGCGAACCAGAGCUCUGCCGGAGCCAAGUAUUUGCUCACCUACCUGGUGACUUGGGGCGAUUCGAUCUCUGCCAUAGCGAAGAUGUUUGGGGUUAGCGAGAAGAGCGUGCUGGACGCGAACGAGUUGACGGUGACGAGCGUGAUUUAUCCUUUCACGCCAAUUUUGGUACCGCUGUCCACGGAGCCUACGAAGAUCGAGACGGCGUCGCCGCCCGCCAGUCCGCCGGAGGCUCCCUCAGUGCCGGCGGGCGGUAAUUCAGGAUCUUCGAAGAAGUGGGUAUUCGUCGGUGUCGGCGUCGGAGGCGGUGGGCUCGCGGUUGCUCUUGUUGCUCUCGCGCUCUGGUUCUUCUGCUACAACCCUCAGAAGCGCAAGCAAUCGAAAUCGUCUGGCCUAACGCCCAAGAAGUUCUCAGACACCUCUGCGACGGAUCACGCUUCUCUUGCAGUGAAGGGCGGUUCCUUCUCUGGCUUCUCUUCUGGCAUUCGAGAAGCCAUCGACACUCUGACCGUGUAUACCUUCCAGGACUUGCAAAUCGCCACCGGGUUCUUCAGCAAGGGCAACAAGAUCAAGGGCUCGGUCUACCGCGGCAAGUUCAAGAACGAUGAUGCCGCGGUGAAGGUCCUGAAGGGCGACGUCUCGGGCGAGAUCAACAUCCUGAGGCAGAUCAACCAUGCCAACAUAGUCAGGCUUUCCGGGUUCUGCGUCCAUGAGGGGAACACUUACCUCGUUUAUGAGUAUGCUGAGAACGGGUCUCUCAGCGACUGGCUCCACUCCAAGAAGUUCGAAAGUUACUCUGUUCUGUCAUGGAAGCAGAGGGUUCAGGUCGCGUACCACAUCGCCGACGCGCUCAAUUAUCUGCACAACUACACGAAUCCCCCCUACGUCCACAAGAAUCUGAAGACCAGCAAUGUUCUCUUAGACGCCAAUUUCAGAGCAAUGGUGGCGAAUUUCGGGCUGGCGAGAGCCGUGGAAGACAGCGACGAAGAAGGCGGACUUCAGAUGACCAGGCAUGUUGUCGGGACUCAAGGAUACAUGGCCCCAGAGUACAUAGAGAAUGGCGUGAUCACCUCAAAAUUAGGUUUUGCCUUCGGGGUCGUGAUGUUGGAGCUCUUGUCCGGAAGGGAAGCUGCCGGAGACACCAAGAAUGGAGAGGAGUUGCUGUCUGCAGCCAUCAAGAGGGUGCUCGAUGGAGACAGCGUGAGGGAAAAUCUACGAGGCUUCAUAGAUCCUUCGCUUAAGGACGAGUAUCCUCUGGACUUGGCAUUUUCCAUGGCAGAGCUUGCGAAGAGAUGCGUCUCCAAUGAUCUGAAUGCUCGCCCUCAGAUGGCCGAAGUUUUCAUGACUCUUUCCAAGAUCCUCUCUUCCUCGUUGGACUGGGAUCCAUCGGACGAGUUUGAUCGAUCCCAGUCAAUGAGUCAUGGUCAGUAAAGUAGGCCGAAUCCAAUUGACAAGUUAAAUAGCCAAAGUGCCACACGCAGGUCUCCACAUUACAUAAUCCGGUGAAAUAGUAAGCUCUGGGAUGGGUUGAUUCAAGGGCCAUCUCACUGCAAAAUGCUUGUAUGAUGUAUAUAGGCAAGGAGUUGAAAUAAUCGUGCAUUCCUAGUUCACCUAGAUAGCCAAGCUUUGCUAUCAUAAUAAUUUUUAAGAUACUGUGAAAAUAAAUGAGUUACAAAUUCUUGAAUGUAUAGAUCUCACAGUAAUUUAUAAUUA